CCCCGUCAUCCGUCUUUGCCUCAGUGAUCCUAACAGGAACCUGUGCAGGGAUAGAAUGCGAGGCAGGCGUGGGAGCCUUAUGCUCUACUGGAUCUACUAUCUGUAUGGGGAUACGUCGACGUCUCGGUGUUUCCGUCGUCCGUCGCUGAGCGGCCGAGCUAUCAACAUUUUGCACGCGGUUGACAGUUUUUACAGCGGGACCCUGCUUUGCUCCCUGCUGCGAGAUCGCGAGUUCCAAUUUGUGAAGCUCUUGAGCUACAGCAUCAUUGGCGGGUUCUAGUUUCAGAGCAUCUUUGAAGUCCCCUUUGUGCAUCAGUCAGUUGAUCCAAAGCCAAGCGGGCUUGCCCUCGUCUAUAAAAAGCCUUUGCGCUCAAGGGAUUCAACGUCAAAACGGUAGUGCAAUCUCUCUCCGCAUCC